UGUGGACUCACUGGUCGGUUUUCCUGAGCAAAUGGCUGACAAGUUGUUCUCGGCCGCUGAAGAGAGACACAAAUUCACUGAGCCCCAUACUGCACCCAGAGCACUGCAGGUCUUCUGUGAGGCCUAUGGAGAACUAGUGCUGAGAUCCCUGUGUUUGAGAAACAGGAAUCUUAUGAUAUCCGAAAGGCUGGAAGAGAUCAGACAGUUUCAGAGUCUGGAGUGCCUGGACCUCUAUGGAUGUAGAUUAGGUGACAACCAUGAGGUUUUUAAAUACAUAACCUCUGAAGCCCUGGCUAGUCUUGUGAAGCUUUUCAUAGGUGCAAACUGCCUUUCUGAUGCAGGACUGCAGAGACUGACCGCGCCGGUGAGGGUGAUGAAGAAAGGUCUAGAAAAUCUGCAGCUUUUGGAACUCUCUG